AUGCUUUCGCGAGUGGCACAAACACUACAGGCAGCGAAUGUAAUCCGCGUUUGUUCUUAUCGGAAUAAGGCAUCUUUUAACUGGGAGGACGCUUUUGACCUACGAAGUCAAUUAACCGAUGAAGAACGCACGCUGAUGGACACUUCACGCGAGUAUGCUACAGCAAAGUUGCUUCCUAGAGUAACGGAGGCCUAUCGUCACGAAAAGUUCGACAAGUCUCUGAUCCCGGAGAUGGGCAAGAUGGGCCUUCUUGGCGCUCCAUACGAAGGAUAUGGCUGUGCGGGCACUUCAACGGUCGGUUACGGACUCAUUGCGAGAUACAUUCCCGGCCUUGCAGCGGGAGAGCAGAUUGGUUGCUUCGGAUUGACUGAACCGAACCAUGGCUCAAACCCGAAUGGCAUGGAGACUCGUGCGAAAUGGGACGAAAAGACCAAGACCUACAAGCUGAGCGGAACGAAAACCUGGAUCUCAAACAGUCCGGUUGCUGAUAUCGCCGUUGUCUGGGCGAGGAGUGACAGGCAUGACAACAAGAUCAAAGGGUUUAUCCUGGAGCGCGGGAUGGACGGCUUUACCACCCCGAAAAUUGAAGGAAAGCUUUCGUUGCGGGCGUCGAUCACCGGACAAAUUGCCAUGGACGAGGUGCCUGUGCCCGAAGCCAACUUAUUGCCGAACACCGAAGGGCUCGCUGGUCCGUUUGGAUGCUUGAACAAUGCUCGAUUAGGAAUCGCGUUUGGUGCACUGGGCGCCGCGGAAGAUUGUCUGACUCGUGCCCGAGAAUACACAUUGGAACGCCAUCAAUUCGGCCGGCCACUAGCGGCCAACCAAUUGAUGCAGCUGCGUUUUGCCGACAUGCUGACUGAAAUCACGCUGGGCUUGCAGGCGUGCCUCCGUGUGGGACGUCUGAAGGACGAGGGACGCGUGCACCCGGAUAUGAUCUCUUUGAUUAAGCGCAACUCUUGUGGAAAGGCUUUAGAUAUCGCUCGCAGGGCUCGCGACAUGCUUGGCGGUAACGGCAUCGUGGACGAAUACCACAUCAUGCGCCACCUGUGCAAUUUGGAAACCGUCAACACAUAUGAAGGAACUCACGACAUCCAUGCGCUGAUCCUCGGCCGUGCCAUCACCGGACUGCAAGCGUUCAAA